ACCGUCGCGGGGUCGUGGAAGGAGCACGUCUUCUACGCGGGCGGCUACCGCGACGAGGAGACGUGCCGCCGCUUCCCGCGCACGGCGCGCGUCGUCGACGACAUCGCCGAGGCGACGGGCGCGGCGCUCUGCGGCUGCGGCGAGACGCUCUUCUCGACGCUCGCGCCGGGCACGCGGCUCCGGCCGCACUGCGGAUCGACGAACGCGCGGCUCACGUGCCACUUCGGCGUCGUCGUCCCGGACGGCGACGUGAAGAUCCGCUGCGGCGACGAGUGGCGCAAGUGGGUCGAGGGCGACUCCAUCGUCUUCGACGACUCCUGGGAGCACGAGGUCCGCCACGACGGCGACUCGCCGCGCUGCGUGCUCCUCAUGAACUUCUGGCACCCGGACUUCCCGGCC